AUGGGAAUUCCCAUAUCUGCAGCCCGCACUGUUCCGGGAACACUCUUGAUCCCGCUGAACGGAGACCGCCUGAUCAUUUUGCGCGUGAUGCAAACUGCAUUUAAGGCAGGCAGGUCUUCGACCCCGAUUGGCAGGCCCGGCGGGCCAAUCAGCGCUACCGCGCUCCAGGAGCGACACGUGGUUGGCCGGGAGGCGGGGCUUGCCUGUGCGGGGACCAUGGCGGCCCCGGGCUGGUCCGAGCGGGUCCGGGAGCUGCUCCGCAGGAUGAAUUCCUUCCACCGAGCCGGCCUGAGGAUUAGGCAACUAUACGGACUGAUUCGGCUCGCUUUCCUUUUAGGCUCUCCGAAGGCUCUGUGUCUGCCUUUUGUGGUGGCCGGCCUUCAAGUGGGCCACGUACCACACUCCGUGGCCCGGCGUCUCCAUCAGUAUCCAGCUGUUUUCUCGGUGUCUCAGGGGGACGAAGCCCCUGCUUGCUUGGAGCUGAACAAGCAACUGGUCUCCUUCGAGGAGCGAACCGCCGCGGUGCAAGGGGUACUCAAGCAGCUGAGGGAACAGGAAGCUUUCCCCUGCCUGAAAGAGUGGCGGGAAGAGCUGUACAGCGUGAUGCCUUAUUUUUGUGACACGCCUCUCUUCAGCAUGGAGCGCGCUGCCACACCAUUGUUGGGAGUGAAGCGCUACGGCACCCACUUGAACGGCUACACGUGGCAAAAUGGGGAGAUGCUCAUGUGGUUGGGUCGUCGGGCCCUGAACAAACCUACUUACCCUGGCCUAUUGGACAACCUGGCUGCUGGCGGCAUCGCAUCGGGGCUGGGGGUCAGAGAGACACUGGUGAAGGAAUGCCAGGAAGAAGCCUGCAUCCCCGCCUUUCUGGCUGCGCAAGCCAAACCUGUGGGGACUGUCACUUACACCUAUGUGGGCGCGCAAGGGGGCAUCUAUCCUGAAUGCCAAUUUGUGUUUGACCUUGAGCUGCCUGAAGACUUUGUGCCGCAGGUGGGGGAUGGAGAGGUGCAAGAGUUCUACCUGUGGCCACUUCAUAAGGUGAAAGAGGCCAUUGUUUCUCCAGACUUCAAACCCAACUGUGCAAUGGUGGCCCUGGAUUUCCUGAUCAGGCACAGUUAUAUCCAACCUGAUGAAGCCGGCACUGCAGACGGAUCCCAGAAAGUCCAGGAUAACGGCAAACUCCGGUUUGAUCCAACAACCGUGUUUCCUGCUUCUCGCUGGGACCGCAAGAGAUUACUCGGCCAUGCCUGA